CUUUCUGUUAUUGUGUGUCACUCGGAGCUGCACUGCGGCCUUGUUUUUGUUUUUUUUUUACCUUAAAGUGGAUUUAAAAUGUCUUUUCCAAGAGCUCCUUUGAAAAGGUUCAACGAGAACGUAGGAUGUGCCCCUGCACCCGGGUCAUAUGAGAUCAAACCCGGGGAGCUUAAGGGAGUUGCUUCCUUCGACAGAUCUGAUCGGUUCAGACGUGUUAAGGCAGCGGCUCUUCCUCCACCAACACCAACGACCAGGAGUGACUUCAUGUCUCCUGUCCGUAGGACCAUGUCAGUUGAUGGUCUUAUGGAAGGUUCAGGUGUGAAGAAAGAGAAGCAUGGCAUGACCGUGGAAAGGAAGCAGCAGAAACUCCUGGAAAAAGAGAUUCGGUCCCUGGUUCAGCAGCGAGGGGAGCAGGACCGUUGCAUGCUGGCUCUGGAAGAAGACCUGAAGAAGGUGGAGGCCAAGCUGCUGGCUGCAGUCAGGGAAAAGACGGGCCUUUCUGCCAAUGUUACCACCCUUGACAGACAGCUGCUUGAGCUCAAGAAAAUCAAUGAGUUCCUUAAAAACAAGGUUUCUGCUGACACUACAAAGAAGAGAAUUAUAUUGCUCACAACAGAGUUGACAGAGGCCAGAAACAGUUUGGAUGCUAAAAACAAGGAGUUAAAGGUCCUGCAGAUUAACACUGAAGGCCAAGUAAAGGCGCUUGAAACUGACCUGAAAGCUGCCAGGGCGACUGUCAAAUCUCUGAAGGACAGGAAUAAGGACUUGGAGGACCUGCAUCACGUGACCAAACGUCAGAACGAAGAGCUUGAGAAUGAGAACGCGAGAUUACAUGGUGUGAUUCGGGAGCUAAGGGAUGAGAUCAGAGUUGUGGAGGGAUACCUGGAUACGGCCAAUGACCAGAUCCAGGAUCUUCGCUUGAAGCUCAGAGAGAAGACAGUGGAGAACUCUCAGUCUCAGAUGGAGAAAGUAAAGCAUCUGGAGACCGACCUAGAGCAGCGCACCAUUGAGCUAGAAACCACCCAAAUUGUGCUCAGAGAAAAAGAGGAGGCGGCAAAUAAAUUCAAGCAAGAGCUGCAGGCAUCAAAGGAAGCCUUGUUGGAAGUGGAGACGAGGUUAAAGAACCAAGAGCUGGAGCUGAAGUCUUCCCAUAGCUCAGUGAGUGACAUGGAGGAGCAGAUGCAUUCUGCCGACCAAGAAGUCCAGGAGUCACACGCAACAGUUUGCCAGCAGGAGGCGGAGCUCGCCAGACUGAGAGGCGUGCUCAGGAGGACCGAGAAGGAGCUGGACGAGAGAGUGGCUCAUCUGGAGCAGAGGUGUCUGUUCUCUGAGGAAGACAGAAGCAAGACUCAGGAGGAGGGAAUGAGGAGAGUCGAGGAAUUGAAAGCAGAGCUCAUCGUGCUAAAGGAAGCUAGAGAAGAGGAUAAAAACAGACGGACUGCGCUCCAACAAGAACAUGCUGCACUUACUGAGGAACUGACGCAAGAAAAGGACCUUGUGGACUCCCUGACUGUGCUGUUGGAGCAGGAGAGGGAGGAGUCUGAGGAGCGGCUGAGGCAGCUGAAGGACGAGAUGGAGGAGGUGCUGGGGGAGCUCACUCUCUUGGAGGAACAGGAGCUGAGGAGGCAGGAGAUGGCGGAGAGCGGGCAGGAGGAAAUCCAGAGGCUGCAGCAAGGAAACGAUGAGCUGGAGAAACAGCUGAGUGACACCAGGGCACUGUUUGAGAGUAAGGUGGUGGCUUUAAAAGAGGAACAUUUAGCAGCCAUCACAGAACUCCAAGAGGCGCACACAAACUCUCUGAGCAAGAUGGCAGACAUCGUCACAGAGCUUGAAAGCGCCAGGGAUGCUCUGCGGGGGGCAGAGGGAAGAUGGGAAGAACUGGAAGCGGAGGUGGAGAGGGUGACGCAGCAGGUGGAGGAGAUGGAGAAAGUGCUUCAACAGAAAGAGGAGGAGGUCAGCCGACUUAAGGAGGGGCUAGAGGAGCACCAGGAGCGACAGUUAGCCGAAGCAAAAGCCAGGCAGGAUAAUUCAAGGAAGUUGCUGGAGGUCCAGACUUGCCUUGCACAAAAAGAUGAGGAGAUAAAAGCCAUGGAGACGAGCCACGCCGCCCUGAUCACUCAGCUACAGCAGGACAUACAGCUGCAGACAAAAGAGAGAGGAGAGGCUCUGGGGCAACUAGAGGAACAGAGAGGUCAGGGUCUCCAAAAUGAAAAGGAAAAAGCCCAGAAACUGGUAGAGGAGGUCCGCCAAGAGAAAGAGGAAAUAAUGGAACAGCUCACACAAGAAAGAGAAGAGAAGUUUGAAAUUCAGAUAGCUCUACAGGUGGAAAAGGAAGCAUUGGAGGUUGAAAGGGAGGAGCACCAGCAGGUCAGGUCAGAGGGGCUCAGACUAAACACAGAGAUUGAGAGAAUAGACGAGGAAAUGAAGAGUCUUCUGUCUCAAGUGGAAGUCAAAGAGCAGUCCAGGCUCGCUCUGGAAAAUGAACUAAACGCGGCAGAGCAGGAGAGAACUCGCCUGGAGGAGGUCGUGCAAGGCGGCGUGAACUUCCAGGAGCAAUUGGACAUCAUGGAGGAGAAGACCCUGACUCUGCAGCGCGAGUUGGAGGAACAGAGACAAGACAGGCGGGCUCUGCAGGAGCAGUUGGAAGUUCUGACUCAGGAGAAGGUGACGCUGCAGUGGGAGAUGGAGGAGCAGCGACAGGAACUCAAGAGACAGAUAACUGAAGCCCAGGAGAAAAGCUCCCAAAGUUCAGAGAAUGAAAAGUGGAGGGAACAAUAUGAGGAGCUUUUUGCGAAAGUCAAGCCCUUCCAGGAACAGCUGAACGCGUUUGCAGCCGAGCGAAACGCACUACUCAAUGAAAAUGGAGCGAACCAAGAGGAGUUGAACAAGUUGUCUGAUGCUUACGUCUGUCUGCUGGGCCACCAGAACCAGAAGCAGAAGAUCAAACAUGUGAUGAAGCUGAAAGACGAGAACAUCGCCCUGAAGCAGGAGGUCGCAAAGCUGCGGUCCCAGGUGAACCGGCAGAAGAGUGAUCUGGAGCAGCUCAAGUCAAACCCCCCCGCUACUCCUCGCCGCAAGUUUGAUCCCAGCAAAGCCUUCAAGCACGACAAGGAGAACAUAAAAACUGAAACUCUUAAAGGAAACCAUUAUGCAUAAUGGAGCUCUUCUGCCAGACGAGAACUGACUACUAUAUCUAAAGUUAUGGUUUAAAUACUGAUUUGUACGAAUAAUUUGUCCCAUUUUGUUCUAACUGGUUUUCUUCUCAGCUGUUUUAAUGCCAGACUUUUACAUAGAGCCAGCAAGUUUGAAACAUAAUUGUAAUGAGCAGAUUGUACGUGUGCAGGAAAAUAACGAGCAAACAGAUGGCUGCAAGUAGACACAUAAUCCAGAGGACAAUGACACAGUCAGCAUUUAAAUAUGACAUGUGAAUUUCUUUUUUAUUCUUUUAACUACCUUAGCAUUUCUUUGGGUAGGGGUAGCAGAACAGUGAACAUGUCAUGCUGUAUAGCUCUUGUUUUAAUCUUUUCCUCUUUGUAAAUAAAGAAAGAAUCUAACACUCUUCUUAA